AUGCCUUCAUUGAGUGACAAGACGAAAAUUAAUUAUAAUAAUUUUGUGAGUAAGGUUUUAGUUGAAAACGAUAUCUCUUAUCUACAGCGUUUUCGUAACGAAUUCUCUAGCGACGAUGAUACUGAAUAUUACGAGUCAUGGUUGAAUAAUGCAAAGAAACGUGAAUAUUUUGAGGUUGAUCUAAAUUUUUCUUUGGAUCGAUCUCAAAGUUAUAAGUUUCUAGAGUUGAUUUGUGUGAUGUUCAUACAAAGUAUAAUUUUGAUGCAGUUUAUAGUUAAUUGCAAAGAGCUACCAACUUUCGAGAACUUGACUUGCAAGUUACUAAAACGAGCUCCCAAGUUGAUAUCUUUGAUAUUUGAGGAAGUUGAAUGGAUUGAUCAAUCUCUUAGUUCUUUAGCAAAUGAUGGAUAUGGGUCGAGCCUUCAACAUGUUACAGUCUCCUUGUACGAUUUCGAUGAAGUCUCUUUGGUCAAGUAUAUACUAAAGGCUGCAACAACCUUGAAGGAGAUGACUAUCAUGUGUUUUUUAGAAGACAAGAUAAAAAUUCUUCAAAAGCUAUUGGCUUUUCCAAGAUCCUCACCAUUCUGCAGAAUUAAAGUUUUAUUUCCAGAAGAAAUAAUGGAUUCUUAA